GACUGGUUUGUGAUCUGACUAAAGCCAGGAGGAUGUAACAGAAACAAGUCAGAAACACUGAGGAACGGACAAAGAAUGAAGAGUGUUGUCUGUUUUAAUGCUUUUCUAGUGUUUUUUUUAAAUUUGACCUGGAUGUGAGUUUGGCAGGUGUACGCUCCACUAUGAUGGUGUCUGAGGAGGGAGAGGACGGGGUCUCCACCCCUGAAGUCACUCUGUCUGAGAAACACGACAGUCAGAUCAGAGCUAAGAGCCUGGUGAACCAGGAGAGACCAGACUCAUCUGUUCCCAGCUGUGUGUCCAUGAGGACUGAGCGGUCUAAAAAUGAACCAAUUGAGUUCAAGGAUGAAGGGCCGAUUGUUAAGCCAAGAAGCCUGGUGAACCAGGAGAGACCAGACUCAUCUGUACCCAGCUGUCUGUCCAUGAACAGUGACCAGUCUAAGGGGGAGCCGAUGGUGUUCAAGGAUGGAGGCCACUCUGAUAAGCAAAGCCUGGUGAACCAGGAGAGACCAGACACAUCUGUUCCCAGCUGUGUGUCCAUGAGGACUGAGCGGUCUAAAAAUGAACCAAUUGAGUUCAAGGAUGAAGGGCCGAUUGUUAAGCCAAGCCCGGUGAACCAGCAGAGACCAGACUCAUCUGUACCCAGCUGUCUGUCCAUGAACAGUGACCAGUCUAAGGGGGAGCCGAUGGUGUUCAAGGAUGGAGGCCACUCUGAUAAGCAAAGCCUGGUGAACCAGGAGAGACCAGACACAUCUGUUCCCAGCUGUGUGUCCAUGAGGACUGACCGGUCUAAAAAUGAACCAAUUGAGUUCAAGGAUGAAGGGCCGAUUGUUAAGCCAAGCCCGGUGAACAAGGAGAGACCAGACUCAUCUGUACCCAGCUGUCUGUCCAUGAACAGUGACCAAUCUAAGGGGGAGCCGAUGGUGUUCAAGGAUGGAGGCCACUCUGAUAAGCAAAGCCUGGUGAACCUGCAGAGACCAGACCCAGCUGGUCCCAGCUGUGUGUCCAUGAGGACUGACCGGUCUAAAAGUGAACCUAUUGAGUUCAAGGAUGAAGGGCCGAUUGUUAAGCCAAGAGGUCACCGGAAGAGGUUAUAUGUUCUCAGUGAUCGACCUGCCCAGAAGCAUCAAACAAACCUCGACUCCAUUUUCAUGCUUCUUGAAGAGAACAUUGUGACUUUUGUGAAGAACGAGCUGAAGACGUUCAAGAAAGUUCUGGGUGCAGAAUAUCCAGAAUGCUCAGUGAGGCUGAGAGAAGAUGAUGAAGUCAGGGGUGGUGAAGAAGGACAGCAGAGAAGCAGCAACAGAGAUGCAUUUCUGAGGAUCACACUGAAUUUCCUGAAGAGAUUAAAGCAGGAGCAGCUGGCGGACGCUCUGCAGAGCAAAACUCUUGCAACAAUUUGCCAACAUAAACUAAAGUCUAACCUGAAAAAGAAGUUUCAGUGUUUGUUUGAGGGAACUGCCAAAGCAGGAAACCCAACACUUCUGAAUCGGAUCUUCACAGAGCUCCACAUCACAGAGGAAGAGAGCAGAGAGGUCAAUGAUCAACAUGAGGUCAGGCAGAUAGAAUCAGCAUUACAAAAACCUGCAAGUUCAGAAACAGCAAUCAGAUGUGACGAUAUGUUUAAACCUUUAUCUGAAAGAGAUGAACCAGUCAGAACAUUGGUGACAAAGGGAGUGGCUGGCAUUGGGAAAACAGUCUUAACACAGAAGUACAUCCUAGACUGGGCUGAAGAUAAAGCCAACCACAAUAUACAGUUUAUCUUUCCAUUCACUUUCCGAGAGCUCAAUUUGCUGACAGCAAAAAACUACAGCUUGGUGGAACUUCUUCAUUACGUCUUUACCGAAACCAAAGAAGCAGGAAUCUGCAGAUUUGAAGAGUUCCAGGUUGUGUUCAUCUUUGACGGGUUGGACGAGUGUCGAUUUCCUCUGGACUUCCACAACAAUAAGAUCCUGACUGAUGUUACUGAGUCAACUUCAGUGGAUGUGCUGCUGACAAACCUUAUUAGAGGUAAACUGCUUCCCUCUGCUCGCCUCUGGAUAACCACACGACCUGCGGCAGCCAAUCAGAUCCCUCCUGAAUGCAUUGACAUGGUGACAGAGGUGAGAGGGUUCAGUGACCCACAGAAGGAGGAGUACUUCAGGAAGAGAUUCGGAGAUGAGGAGCAGGGCAGCAGAAUCAUCUCCCACAUCGAGACAUCACGAAGUCUCCACAUCAUGUGCCACAUCCCAGUCUUCUGCUGGAUCACUGCUACAGUUCUGGCGCAUGUAUUGAAAACCAGAGAGAGAGCAGAGCUGCCCAAGACCCUGACUGAGAUGUACAUCCACUUCCUGGUGGUUCAGACCAAACAGGGGAAUGUAAAGUAUCACAGCAGUGCAGCAACAGAUCCAGUCUGGAACAAAGAGACCAAGAAGAUCAUUCAAAGUUUGGGAAAACUAGCUUUUGAGCAGCUAGAGAAAGGAAUCUUGAUCUUCUAUGAAGCAGACCUGAGAGAGUGUGGCAUUGAUUUAAAAGCUGCCUCGGUCUACUCAGGACUAUUCACAGAGAUCUUCAAAGAUGAGCAUGGACUGAACCAGGACAAGGUAUUUUGUUUUGUCCAUCUGAGCAUUCAAGAGUUUCUGGCUGCACUCUAUGUCUUCCUGACGUUCAUCAACACCGGUGUCAAUCUACUGAGAAGAAGGCGGCACGCCUCAGUACAGCCUAUGCCACCACGGCGUAAAUCUAACUUGAAACACCUCUACCAGUGUGCAGUGGACGAGGCUUUACAAAGUUCAAAUGGACACCUGGAUUUGUUUGUUCGCUUCCUCCUCGGCCUUUCACUGGAGACCAAUCAGAUGCUCCUACGCGGCCUGCUGAAAAUGACAGGAAAUAAACCACAGGUAAAAAAGAUGCUUGUGCAGUACAUCAAGUGCAAGGUCAGAGACAAUCCUUCUCCAGAGAGAAGCAUCAAUCUGUUCCACUGUCUGAAUGAGCUGAAUGACCGUUCUCUAGUGGAGGAGAUCCAACAGUACCUAAGAUCAGGACGUGUCUUUGGAAACAAACUAUCUCCUUCUCAGUGGUCAGCACUCGUCUUCAUCUUACUGUCAUCACAAAAAGAUCUAGACGAGUUUGACCUGAAGAAAUUCUCUGCUUCGGAGGAGGGACUUCUGUGGCUGCUGCCAGUGGUCAAAGCAUCCAAAACAUCUCUGCUGAGUGGCUGUAACCUCUCAUUGAGAAGCUGUGAAGCUCUGGUCUCAGUUUUCACCUCCAAGAACUCUAGUCUGAGAGAGCUGGACCUGAGUAACAAUGAUCUGCACGAUAAAGGGGUAGAGCUGCUCUCAGAUGGACUUAAGAGUCCACACUGUAGACUGGAGAUUCUCAGGUUGUCAGGCUGUCUGGUCACUGAGAAAGGCUGUGAUUUUCUGGCUUCAGCUCUGAACUCUAACCCGUCCCAUCUGAGAGAGCUGGACCUGAGAUUCAAUCAUCCAGGAGACUCAGGAGUGAAGCUGCUGUCUGCUGGACUGGAUGGCCCACACUGGAAACUGGAAACUCUCAAGAUUGAUCACUGUGGAAAGUGUCGACUGAAACCAUCACCCCUCAGGUAUUUCUGUGAGCUUCCACUUGACCCAAACACAGCAGACAGAAACCUCUCACUGUCUGACGACAACAGACGAGUGAUGGUGGUGAAAGAGAAGCAGCCAUAUCCUGAUCAUCCAGAGAGAUUUGACAGCUGGAAACAGCUGCUGUGUAGUGAAGGUCUGACUGGACGCUGUUACUGGGAGGUAAGGUGGGAAGGAAGGGUUAAUGUAGGAGUGACAUACAGAGGAAUCAAGCGGAGAGGAGACAGUGAUGACUGCUGUAUUGGAUGGAAUGAUCAGUCCUGGAGUCUGAUCUGCUCUGCUCAGGGUUACACUGCCUGGCACAAUAACAUACCAACAGACAUAGGUACACUACCACCCUCUGACUCUAACAGACUAGCAGUGUAUGUGGACUGGCCUGCUGGCACUGUGUCCUUCUACUGUCUCCCCUCCAUAGUCUCUUCAGUCAAACGGAUCCACCUCCACACCUUCCACUCCACAUUCACUGAACCCCUCUACCCUGCAUUUGGGUUUGGACGAAUGCUUGAGUUUGGGACUGACUCUAGAUGGUUACCACCCUCUCUUUGUCUGUCACAGAUUGAAGAAUGAAUGUUGUUGCAUGUGUAGAACAGUGGUUCCCAAAGUGGGUGGGGUUUCUUAGGAAAGGCCCAGAGUGCCACAGGAUUCCUUUCCAUUUUUUUUGCACAUUGUUAAUAACGUUUCACCACAUAAAGGCAUAUAUGCAGGAUUUUCCUAAAAGACAAUGUAUAGACUCAUGUAUGUAUCUACAGAGACCCUGUCCUCUGACUGUAUUUUAUUAUUUUGCUGUGUUCUGGACAUUUCUGGUCGCCAGCCUUUGGGCAGUGGGUGUGUAGACCCCUGCAGCGCACAGGCUGGGAGGUCUCUAUAAAAAUGUAACGACCAGGUUACAUCACUGUCUUCGUCCUCUGCUCUAAGUCUGUGUCAUGGAUGUAUAAAAAGCUGCAGGUCUGUGUGUCUGUUUGACGGGGGGCGAGGGCAAAGCGAGACCAGCGAACAGGAUGAAGUGAGGGUUCGGCUGCAUUCACACAAAAUCUGCCAAAAUGGCUCCUUUCUGCAGGGUUAGAACGUAACCGCCAUGAAACAAUCAGAAAAUAAAGUUUUUUUCGCUGAUUCACUGCUUUGUUCUUGCUAAUGCCGCUCCCUCUCUUCAUUCACUCUCUAGCUCGCUCGACCACCGCUGCUCUCUCUCUCUCUCUCUCUCUCUCUUGCUCAUUGAGCCAGGAGGAGGGGCCAACUUUGAAGGCUGUUUCUACAAACAGCAACCAACAAAUCCUUCAUAGUAUGCCUUUAAAGAGUCAAAAUCACUGGAUUAAAAACCCUGUUAUACAUGUUAAAUAUACAUGUUAUGUAUGUAUGUAUGGGUUUUCCAGGUGCAUAGUAGUUUGAAAUAGCGACUGUAAGACAAAGUGAUGGAUAGAUUUUUCAUUGUAAAUAGAGCUGAAGAAAUGCUGAUAACAUAUCAGCUCUCACCACAGACUGAGACCAACAGACCUGAGCCAGUUAAAGAAACUGAAAUCUGAAAAAAGUAAAACCGUGGCUCAUGGCUUUUUGUGAAUAUGGAAAGCUUCCUGUCCCACACCAAAAUUCCAUGUCUGCAGGCGAAAACUAAUGCAGCAAUGCCAAGUAAGCUCAAGAGACAUAUCUGGACAAAAUAUCACUCUUUAGCAAAGAUACUGAAUACUACACAGAAUCUGCAAUUUGAUACGUACGUCGGUUUUGGGGUCACAGUUCUGUAUGUUUUUGGGCACAGCAGGGAAAACAAAAGCAACGCAGAAGACAACAUUUUUCUCAUUUAUUUUUUAAAAUGUGAACAACAAAUGCUGGGUCCUUGGCUGUAAUUCUUACUGUAAGAAGUAUGGUCACACACACCAAAAAACUUUAACAACCCUUCAACAUGGAUUAAGACCAACAAACCUGAGCUGGUCAAAAUAACUGAAAUCAGACUGCACAAAAAAAGAUACUUGGGCUUGCAGCUUUCUGUGGAUAAUGGGAGGUAGCUGUCUGCAGGGAACUUCUAAUGCAACAAUGCCAAGUAAGACAAAUACCUCUCUUAAGCAAAGAUAUUGAAUACUAAUAGCAACUAAGAGAGUUGUAUGAAAAACAGAAUCAAUGCAUGAUGUAAUUUGUUUUUUUUAUCUUUGCAAACCUAAAAUGUAAUCUAAUUUAACAUUUAACCUAUUAGCAUACUUAAUUUUUAUGUAUUGUUUACUUUAAAGUUCAGUAUUUAUCUACAAAUCUGCACAGUAACAUGACAUAAAACAGCUGACUUUUUCUCUGAGCGAUUAAAUAUAUGCUUUAAUUAUUUCACUUAAUAUUGACAUUGGUUUAUAUAUUGUAUGUUGACCAAAGACAUAGUGGUUCACACACACACACACACACACACACACACACCAACUCUACAUGUGAGAGUUAACUGAUUUACAUGUCAUGACAGACAAGAAAGAUUCAUUUAUGUUGCAUACUUUCCUGAAAUUGAUUAAACAUGGCCAUGGUGACAUAAAUAUAUAUAGAUUAUUGGCUUGGACCUAAUAUUUUCUGUGACCACUUAAAGUUGUAUUUAAUGUUGUUUGUAUUGUUAUAUUAAAGGCAAUAAACUGUAAACUAACUAUCUGUGAUUGAGGUAACAUAUAGUAAUGUUUCUUUGCUAUAACAUGAUUUUAAUGUCACGUAUGCACAAGCAUUAAAUUCGAAAAUAAUAUGAAUUAGAGAUUCAGACCAGACAAAACCAUUUUGUUUUUAGUAUAGUUUAAUUUAUAAACAAACAUUUGUCUCAAAGGACCUUACAAGGAAGCCCAAUUCAGUCUAAUGUCUUCUUGUAGUCUCAAUGUUCUGCCGUCUUCCAUUCCAAGAAGUGUUAUGUUUAGCAAAGCAGGACUCAGACAAGGCACUGGAAAAAUACAGAUGGUUUUAUUCACAAGGUGUGGACACAGACGAGUUUAGAGUCUCACGAAGGGAGCCGGACAGGCAGGCAGAUCACAGAUCAGAACGAGAACUACUAGACACGACUGAUGACAAGCAACUGUGGUCAUGCGUAAAUACCACAUAGGAGAAUGGAAUAAAGGGCUGGAAUACUCAAGUAAAGUAGAAGUACCUCAAAAUUGCAGAAAAAUGAAUUAUACAAAUGUUCUUUUCACCACUGCCAAUAUGCUAAUUGUGUGCACACACCAACAUGAAGAUCUGAUAUGAUCCAAUAGCAAUAGAUGAUAACUUAAAAAAAUAAACAAACCAACAUAUAAUUAAUGAUGUUAUCAGGACAACUUGGGCCAAAUGUCUUAUAAUUUUUGUGUUUUUUUAAUUGUAUGUUUUUCUUUCUUUUGUCUAAACUGGAUAUUUAUUCAUUUAUGAUUUAUAAUCAAUGACUUUGUAUUCAUUUCUACAACGAAGUGAGACAUUUGUUCAAUAAAAUCAACAAAAAUAAAAA